GUCUGGAGACGCUUGAACGAACAUGGAGGUGAACGCAACUGAGAAGAUGUACCUUCCCGUUGAUGGCAUCCUCGAGCUGUUCAACUCUCUCACCGGACACCACGAAUCAGACAUUACGCACCAGGCUCCUCGGAGCGCAGCCCUCAGCCCAGUGCCGCAGCACCCCAAAGUCUCUAACAUAUCGAAGACGAGCAUGGACAUCAUCAACACGGUGAAAGGGCGCUUGAAACAACAAGAUAAAAGAGCCGUCUCCCCAAGCAGAUCCUCCAGUUCGGGCAAUAGGCAGGUUUCGACCGACCGACUCCCCAGAAGGUCCGUGGAUCUGCUGGAGCUGGGUCUGACCAAGCGCAAGAACUGCCUCAGAAUAGUUGUGCUCGGUGCGCCUAAAGUAGGUAAAACCAACAUCCUCCACCGGUUCUUGGGCAAAGACUUCGAAGAACACUACGAACCAACAGCAGAAGACUUCCACAGAAAACUCUUCCACAUUGGAGGGGAGGCGUAUCAGAUCGAUCUGCUGGACGCCGCCAGUGAGAGGGACUUCCCCGCCAAACGGAGGUUAUCCAUCCUGACAGGUGACACCUUCCUGCUUGUGUUCAGUCUGGAAGACAGGGAGUCCUUCAAUGAAGUCUGCGUGCGGCUCAACGAGAUCAAGGACGCCAGGGCAAAGUUACUGAACUUAAAGCAUCCCGAGAGAGUGCCGGUCGUGAUAUGCGGAAACAAAGCGGACGUGGCGGCACCGAGAGCCGUCCGACGGUCAGAGGUGACGGAGAUACUCGGCGAGGACAUCGCGUUCUUCGAAACCUCGGCGAAAGACGGCACCGGCAUGGACGGGGUGUUCCGGGCUCUCGCCACUCUGGGCGGACUGCCAGACGAGACGAGCCCGACGCGCCAUCAGAUCAUCUCCAUCCUCAGCUACAAGUCGAUGUGCAUCGGCCAGCGAGGCAGGAGAGGGAGCCGGGGGCUCGGCGCGCCCUGUGCCGCCGUGGACACGCUGGCGCGCCGCCCCAGCUUCACCAGCGACCUGCGGCUCGUGCUGCGUUCAAGUACCAAACACAACAAACCCGAGAGGUGUCAGAUUCAAUGAAUCGUGCGUCUGCUCGAAAAACCAAUUGUAGUAGUAUGCUGCAAUGUCAUAUUAUGUAAGGGGUUAUACUCUGUUGCACCUGGCUGGAC